AUGGAUUUCAUGACCAGAUCAUUUGAGAUUGAAUUGCAAGAGCUGCAAGCACAAAGUAUGCUGGAAAGUAAUGUGGAACGAGAAGAAGAAAUGGAGAAGCUACGAGUGGAACUGGUCGAAGCAACGAAAGCAGCGCGAAAGCUUUUUGGUGCAGCUGUCACUCGCCCAGUCGAUGAUUCCACUAGGCAGAUGCAUCAAAAAAUUUUGGAACUCAGUGAGGUUGGUCUAACACUGCCCUCGUUUUCCAAACUAUUUUUUCCAGUUGUACGACUCGUAAUAAAUGUACUAAGAAUACGGGGCUGUCUGGGCAGUCACUGUAGAUGA